AUGGAGACGUUGUGGGCUGCGUGGGACUGGAUCAACUACCGCCCUCGCCGGUUCAGCGCGGAGAAUGGCCGAGACUUCCUCGAUAGCUACCCCGACUACCCGGUGUAUGCCACGCUACUCUACCUGCUGGCGGUGUUCUAUUUGCCAGACCUCCUAGCUCGCCGGCAGAUCAGCCUCCCCAUCAAGUACAUCGUCGCCGCCUGGAACCUGUUUCUCUCGGUCGUGUCCACCUACGGUGUUUUCUGCAUUUGUGGGCACAUCCGAGAUCAUUUCUCAGUGCGCACGUUCCACAACUCCGUCUGCGAGCUGCUCGCGACCAGUGGCGCCAACGACAUCAUCACGCUGCGCGCCACUCGCAUACACGCCCACCAGAAGAUGCUCAUCGAGGAGCGUCAUCUGCCGGUGAAAUGGGUUCGCUCACCUCCGGAUGUGGUGAGAGAGAUAACGUCACUCUACGACGGUUCCGCUGGCUUUAGUGUGGCGCUCUUUAUGUACCUCAAGACACCGGAGCUGCUCGACACGCUCUUCCUGGUGCUGCAGCGCAAGCCUGUCUCCUUCCUGCACUGGUAUCACCACAUCGUCACCGCCAUCUACGUGUGGCUGUCGUCGUACAUGCCGAUGCCGAGCGGCAUCGUCUUCUGCGCCAUGAACUACUUCGUGCACUCCUUCAUGUACUUCUACUACUUCCUCGUCAUGAUGGGGCUGCGCAAGUCGAUUCGCCCCUUCGCGCCGGUGAUCACGCUGCUGCAGGUGCUGCAGAUGUUCAUUGGCAUGUACGUCACCGUGUACACGUACUUCCAGUACUGGCUGGGCCCCGAGCACUGCAACACGCUCUUCUUCAAGCUCUCCGAGGUGGUGCUCAGCAACGCCUACUACGCCUACUGCAACGCGAAGAGCGUCGUGACGACGGGCGCGCGGGCGUCGCGUGUGCCCGCCUUCGACAUGUCUGACCGGUUCUGGGGCUGUGACAGCGACCCGACAUGCAUGCGCAUGGGCAUGCUGAUGUAUGGCAGCUACUGCGUGCUGUUUGCGGUGCUGUUCAAGGAGCUGUACCUGGACAAGCGCGUGCACGAGAACAGCCUCGUGCUGGCGCGCAAGGUGCAGCAAGCGAAGCCCAAGGCGGCGUAG